UUCCAGCGAAACAACAUAGCAAAAAAAUAACAACGCAUAUCCACACACAAACACACAAUUCCUCCACUCUUAUUCUUAUUCUUAUCCUUAAAAACACACAACACACGCAUCAGCUUUCGCCAUGUACACUUUGUUCUCACACCCUACAUCCACAAUGCCUGCCCGUCGACAACACGCAUCAAGUUAUUCGACUCCAAUGAUGUUCCAUCCCUACUCUCCCUACGCUACAGCCUAUCAACCUUUCGAUGAGGAUCUCGACUCUCCUGACGAAGAGGAGCAGCUUCUGUUGGCUGCACUUGAACGCAAGCGUCAACAAAAAUUAGCUCGUCAGCAGUAUCAACGUCAGCUCCUCGAGCAGCAACGUCAACUCGAGCAACAACGCCAACAACGCCUCCAGCAACAGCUUUACGAACAAGAGCUCAAUCGCCGUCGAGCCCAGGCUAUUGCUCAGGCUAAAUACGAGGCUGAGCAGGAAGCAAUUCGUCAGUACAAGAAGCAGCAAGAGAAGGAACAACUUCGCCAACAGAUUGCCUGGGAAAACUUCUGGCAACAUGUCCAACAACAACAGCAAAUCGAGGACCAGAAACGAAAUGAAGCUGCCGCUGCUAAAGCCAUUGCUGAAGCCAAAAAACAAAGACAACUUGCGCUAGAACAAGCUGCUACUGAGGAUGAGGGAACCAAAGGUAUUGCAUUGGACGACCUAUUGAAUGCACUCUUCUUCCCUCAUUCACAACUCAAACGCCAUCAGUCACAGGAGCAGCAGUACCCAUCCAAGCGCCGCCAACAGCAAAUUGAAGCAAAGAAGGACGAAGACCAGAAGACCGAAGAUCAAAAAGCCGAGGAGUUGAAGAAGGCUGAAGAGUUGAAGAAGGCUGAAGAACGAAAGAAGGCCGAGGAGCUGAAAGAAAAACAAAUUGAGGAGCAGAAAAAAGAAGCCAAGAAAACCAAAGAGCAGCAAGAGAAGAAGCAGGCAGCAGCUGCUACUACUUCUCCCAAAUCUAAAGACGGUGAUUCCAAGAAAGAAGAUCUAAUUGGCGAGUACUUCCUGGCGUUCCCUGAAAUCAAGGCUAUGGUUGAAGCUCUCCUUGGUGCUAAAAUCAAGACGCCUACUAAUAAGCAAGAAGCUGCUAUGCCCAAAACCAAGACUAUUGAAAAUAAGACAGCAAAGACUGCUGAAAACAAGACAGCAGCACAGCCUCCUCUGGCUCAAGCUUCGCCGCAAGCUGUUGAGAAAAAGGCUCCCGCGACUCCUUCCUCUACCCAUUCUUCUCCUGAACUUCGUGCAACUGAUAUUUUAAAGCAACGUCAGGAUCGUCAAGCACAGCAGCAGCAGCAGCAGCAAAACAAGAAGAUGGAAGAACCCAAGCAAGAGAGCCAGAAAGUAGACCCAAUCCAAGAGAAGCAUUCUGAGCUUAACCUGAUUGAAUCCUCCCUCGAUGACCUUUCUCGUGAGCUCGAUCAAAUACUCGUUGGUACCAUUGCGAACAAAAAACAAAUCUUGCUCACAGAGGAGAAUUUGAUCAAAACCAUGCUUAGGCUUGACUCUGUCUUGAGCGAAGGCGAUGCUUCGAUUCGUAAGCGCCGAAAACAGCUGAUCAAGAAGAGUCAGCUUCUUUUGGAUCUUGUUGACGAGUUCAAGGCCCGAGAGCUUCCUUCCUCAGUCCAUCAGGUCAACAAUAACAACACUAAUGAGAAUGAGAUGGAUUCCGAUACUCUGUCUGUAUCUGACAUUGAGUCUCUCCCUGACACGACAGAUGACGCUACACAGAAUAGUGAUGAUUCUAAGGUGUCGUCAACAAAGGCUUCUGAACAAGUUGAGCAAGACCGUGAACCCGAACUGAGCCACGCUAAAUCUGAUUCUUCAAAUGAAGAGUCUGAAGACAAGCAAAAGACCGCCCCACCAGCGUUGACUAAAUUCGACUCGAAUCCCAAGGCCGACCCUCUCGACCUUAUUGCUAGUGCAGCAUUAGCAUUGGGCUCUCCUCAGACUGAGGACAUGGUCUUAGCACAAUAGCUUGUAUAUAUACUUUGUAAUUGAAAUGAAAUCAAAAAUAACUUAAUAAUCCAAAAUACAUGUUAUAUAAAAUGAAUUUACAAAAAACCCAAC